UGGAAAUGCUAUGGCAAAUAUCUAAAGGGGGAUAAUAUCGAAAACGUGACGUUUCCUUUGUAAUAGAACCCUCAUAGACCCAACAAAUCAUGUAGCGAUAGGAUAAUUAGUCAGCUGAUUGCUGGUGAUUUUUACCGAUUGCUGGUCAAAUUGCUACUGUCAAAGGGACAUAUGACAGAAGUGUUUUCCAUAAGCAACAAAGUAUGACCGAAAUACAGUUAAGGUCCCAAAUAAAACUAUAUAACACGUGUAAAUAAAUAACUAUUGUGACUUGUAUGCAAGUGAGAAUGUAACGUAUCGGUAACUAUACUCCAGUUUUCGCAGCUGUUGUUUUUAUUUUACCUAACCUCUAUUAACCCCACAUUUAUCUCAUGUAACAAAGAUUCACAUAAUUUUGUACUGUAACCUUACACAAAAAUUUAUAUAUCUAACAGAAGAAAGGAACUGUGCACGUGUAUAUUAAUGAUAUGAUAGAAGUUAAUUACAAGUAAUUUAACAACGCAGUAUAUAAUUAAUGAGCAAAGUAUUUUUCAAGAUAGAAAUUGGAUAUAACGUACAAAUGUAAAAAUGUCCUAAUAUCUCUUAGUAGGAUUUUUUAAUAUUCACUAGAAAAGAUUUCCAAUUGUAUUAAGAUAACAGUGAGUGAUAUAUAAAGUGGUGCGACAAGUGCGUUAUACAUAUAUGUCACUAUCGCAAAAUGUCUGAGAAAAAGACGAUCGGUGGUAUUCCUGUGGAGUGUCUAACUGGAGAGCCAGCUGCGAUAUGGUCUGGCUGGCGUACACUGGGAGACAGAGAGCUAGUGAGAGAAGCCUCUGCCAAGGGAACUCAUAUAAAGCUAGCUCAUAAAUGCCUUGCACACAGAAGAAAUUGUUCUGUAGAGCAGGCAUGUAUAUAUUUUAACAAAGAAGUUGAUAAUUGGGUCACCGAAUUACUGAACAAGAAACAAGUUUACAGAGCUUCACAUAUCUUAAAAAAUAUGGGAAAGGAUCCUGUGGAACAUAUUUUUGCCGUUUCCAUAAAGAGCAAGGAUCCACUCUUAAGGAACUAUCUGUGUGAAUAUAUGAUAAAUGUCGAUGGAUUUGAGACUGAACAUGUCACAGCCUGGAAUAUUAUCAAGUCUAUCAGGCAACAUGAGGAAAAAUGCAAAAUUCAAAAUGGAUUAAGUUCUUGUAUAUGCAUAAAUGAUAUAAUAAAACUACCACAGAACAUUGAACAAGCCUUACGCACUGAAUUAUAUUUCUCUUUGAAUAACCCAGAGAUCUUGGGAAAUGUGCCAAAUAAUAUUUUGUGGGAUUACUUGUUAUCUAAUAAUAAAAUUAAUGCGUUAAGGCUAUGGAUUGAUGCAAAAUAUAAUCCAGAUGUUCUAGAGACCUCAGAUAAAAUUGACCAACACUUGAAGUCGUUAUUUACGAAUUUAGAUAUUACAUCCGAUAUGAUCGAUUUUACAGAUUCUUCAAAUGCUAGUGAUCUUGUAAAAGAUCUAACUAAAAAUUAUUUAUGUAGGUACGGCAUUUACACAAAAGAAGAAAAAAGCAAUUUGAAAUCAAUAUUGAAUCGUUCUUUCGGCUGUGGUAUUGCACUGGAAGAACUUGGUGCGAUAUUAUCUCUAGCUUCCUGCAAUAUCGAUAAAACAGAAUUUUUGCAGAGCAUUGAUCAACAACUGUGCCUUACACAUUGCUCGCAAAGCUGCCAUACUCAGGAAGACAAUUUAAAAGUUAAAAAAUUAUUUAACGUUUUAACCGAUAUGUGUAAUGUUCGAGAUAAUCACGAAGAUGCGUUACUACGUGGAAUUGUAGAAUCGAUUGAUUAUAUCUCCGACGAUUUUAAUGCCUAUCUGAAAGAGAAUUAUUUAGUAAACUUGGCAUUAAUAUUUUUACGAUUAUGGCAGACACGGAGCUCGUUGUGUAACGAAGCAAACUCUUCAGAGAGAAACACACUAAUGAGAGAUAUAUUUACGAACAAGAUUGUUUUAAAAAUUGACACGCGUGUUAUUUCCCAACAAGUUCUUCAGUGCACGCUUAUGCAUAUGCCGAGGCUGCAAAGUAUCAUCGAAAAUCAGAAUGAUAAAGAUGAUAUCACAGUAUACGACUUAUUGGACGGCUACAGAAAUUUAAAUUCAAAAUUCUUAUUCAAGUGGCGCUUCAAAAAUGAGCCUUUGCCUACUUUCACGAAUGAAAAUCUUAUCAAAAAAUACGGGCAUCAAGAAACGCUAACGUAUGGUUAUUAUCUGAAAGAAGGCAGACCGAACAUGGCUGUGCACAGCUUAACACACGCACAAGCAAAACUGCUUGGAAAUGUAUCCUCCCAUAGGAAAUUCAAAGCGGCCUUAUACGCGCACGUUCUCGCUUUGAGAAACUUAGAUAAGUCUGAUAUCGUAUGUGGCUGCAUUGCGUUCAUCGAGUUGCUGAGAAUCGACUCGAGCAAUUUACAAUUACACGUUACUGUGGCAAAAUAUGUACAAGAGCAACUAAACAUCUCCAUAGGGAAUUUACUGGAAAAUAUAGUGUAUAAGAACCAAACUGAUUUAAAGGCUGUGAUAUCGUAUCUAGAAGAGAGCUUUCAAAAACAUUUACUGGAUAAAACUUUCAUGUGCGAUAACACGCAAUUUGUCGAAGCGUUAAAAAUAUGGGACGUCAUCGUACGCUUCGCACGUGUUCACAACUAUACGCUACCUAAUACGUUGCCGAAAUAUUUAGCAGAUCAUGACUUGUGGUUCGAAUUCAUCGCAGUCUGUCAUAUAUUUGGUUAUCCUACAACCCAGAUGCUGGAAAACGCCAAAUUGUUUAGUAACGCAAAUGUACGGGAACAUUUGCUAACAUGUUUAAACAAUGAUAAACUUGGCAAAUCUCAACCGUAUAACGAACAGAAGACGAAAUUUCAUGAUGCAAGGCAAUCAUCAUCGAUGCAAUACAAAGUUGGAGUAAAAGAAAAUGAAUCUCCAGUAUCCACCUCAGACAUAUCAGAAAUUGAGACAGAUACAAUUGAUACAGCUAAUGCCAAAGAUAUUACCAGCAAUUGCGUCUCAAUUUCGUCGGAUAAUAAUUUAUGGUUAACUAUAUUAAGCUGUCAUCAAAGUCAAGACCCACCCGGAGCAUUAAUUAAUGCAUCUCGUACAAAUCUAAAGCCUAUAUUGACUAUCUUAGCUACGUGUUACGAGCCGUCAUCUGUAGCAGCAUAUUGUUACUGUUGGAUGGUAAUAUCGACAGGAAAAGAGGACAUAAUUCUGGAUUACACGGAAUGUCUGGAGCAACAAAUAUGGCCUUCCGAUAAAGUAUCGGAAUUACUCAAUAAAAUGGUUCAAUGCGAUUAUAUUAACACAGUAAAUCGAGCUUACAAAAUUUUUAUGCCUGAUAGUAUUUUAAAUCCAUUCUUUGAGUUUCUGACGCAAGCAAUCAGUUAUGGCGAAUUCAAGGAAAAUCAACAGCAUUUAAUAGAGUUUAAAUCGCAAUGUUCCUCGCUUAAAUGCAACAAAAUUAUGGACUGGGAUAGUGUCCAUUUUACGUAUUUAAAAAAUUUGUAUUGGGUUGCAGUUGUCGCAAUCCAAUGUAUCGUUACGGCACUCGGCUACGGCUUUCAAAGUACGCCGUUACGAGUAAAGUUUCUUGAAGUGUUGAUAAAAUGUAAUUUUUCUGCAGAUUUACCAGUUGCAGUGCCGGAUUUUCAACGUUUGUUAGAUAUAAUAAAAAUUCUGCAAAAAACCAACGUGACACUAAAUUUCAGAACGAUUACUUUUAUCGAUAAUGCAUAUCAUUUUGACACGGAGAUUCAAAGAUGCAUUGAUGAUUUGACAGCAAUCGAAAAUUAUAGCACUGCAUUGGAAUUAGCAUGCUGCGCCGGAUUAAAUUCAUCCGAGAUCAUAUUAGCCCAAUCUCGAAAUACUUUUAAACAGUCUAUAAAUAAAGAUGGUCAAGUAAAUUCGACCUACUGGUUGCAAUGUGCUCAGGAUUUUAAUAAAUACAAUGUUCCGCCUCAAGUAGCAGUUGAGUUUUUUGUCGAACAUGCUGAGAAAGUUGUGUCGCACAAAGAAAGAUAUGAAGUUUUAAAAUUGGCUUAUGAGACUUUGAAAAAUACUGAAAUUGAGCAACAAACUAUCGAUACUCUGGAGAUGGCAAUGUGGAAAUCUUGCAUUUUAGCUGGACCUGAACAUAUAGAAUUUAACUACAAUAACUAUAUUUUCAAUAAAUUAAAAACCGAGUUACUGUCUGGUUUGGAUAAGUUACAAGUCAUUUGCUCCUUGACAGACGAAAAUGAAAAAAAUGCUGCAGAAAUUCUAAUAAAUAAAUUGAUUGAUCUGGGCAAAUUGGCUAUUGCUUUACGAAUAAGUAUAAUUUUUAAUUACAAUCACAAAGAUCUGCAAAUAUUAAUGUUGUGCUUAAGUUUAGCGGAAGGUGAAAUUUCACCAGCGGAUUUAACUUUGCAGCAAAAGAGUCUUUUAGAAGAAAAGAAUCAGAACAAGCAACAAAAAUAUAGCACUUUACGUAAUCGCGGUCUACAAAGAUUUUCUUCAUCGUCAUCCUUAAACACAAUUUCGUCGAUUGUAGAAGCUAGCAAAACAAACGAUACAACGACUAGCAAUCGUCAUCUCCAAAUGGAGUGUAUUUCAACCUUAGAAAGAUUAUCGGAAGUUCUUACACACGGAAAUGAGAUAUGCUUCAGAAUUGUUUCAUGUUAUAAACUUGCUACGCGUUUAGGGAAGUCAUAUCAAUCGCUGUUGAUGCUAAAAGAUCCAAUAAGAUUCUUACAGGAAAUUACAGAAAGUAAUAUUGAAAAUAAGUUGGAAACUGCUAAUGACAUAAUAACGUCUUACAAAAUUAAGACGGAAAACGUGGCAACGUUCCUGGCUGAUAAUAUUACAAAGCACAUAAAUUGUGCCAUAGACGAUGGUUUGGAAGAUUUAAUUUUUAUGUGGGGCUAUUCCUUAAAUUCUCACUUCCACUUAAUAAUGGAGUUAUGCAGCGAUGUCUCGUUAUUAGGCCUAAAAUUGUUAAAGACAGCACAAUCAUUGCUGGGAAGAUACAUUAGUACUCACGAUGAAAAAAGAAAUGUUUCAGGACUGAAAACGAUAGUGGAAUUAUUAGUAAGAUCUCACGAUUGUUUCACGGCUUCCUGUAACAUGGAAGGAAUAGCCUCGGUAUUACGAAAAUGUCAGAAUCUCGCGAAUAUGUUACAAAUCUUAAAACACUGGGCGUUACUAGUGCGUCUUGUAACUGGUGUUGGUCGAUUUACGGAAAUGAAUUAUAUAUUCCAAAUCUUGAAAGAAAACGAUCAAUUCGAGUCUUUAUUGGGACAGGGCUUGGAUAAGGUUCCGGGUCUAAAAAUGGCACUGCUGGAAUUUCUGAAACGCCAAUGUCCAGAAGAUAGGGAGCUUUUUACCCUAGUGGCGCUUCAUUUCCGCUUGUAUUACGAAAUCGCACUCAUGUGGGAAAAUGAAGCGAAGGAAGUAAUUGCAAAAUUAAUAUCUGAUAUAUUAAAAGAAUGCGGAAAAGGCAUAACUGGUAUUCCGGUAGAAAUAAAAUUGACUCGAAAUGAUCAUGUCCAAAAACAAUUGCAACUGGCUGUAACUAACUUUACUCAUGCCACUCAAUAUUAUUUACAGGAUAAGAAGCUGAAUCUUGCUAGCCGGUGUUCACAGCAAGCCCAACUUGUCGCGCUUCAAAUUUCACUACUGAACGCAGUACCGCAAAAUCAACAAGCUGUAUGUCUGCUGAAUUUGAAAAGCGACGAGUUAGAGAGAAUAUUAUCUCGCAUCUUAAACUUCCCUCAAGCUCUUAUUGUUAUCCGCGCUUAUAAUUAUCACGCGGAUUGGGUUAAUCUCAUUUAUCAUCACUGUAUUCUCAAAGGAGAGACAAGAUAUCUCAAAGAAUUCAUGACAGUUAACAAUCUGACGCCUAUGAUUGUACAAGAUUGCGCGCGUAGGUACAGAUUGGAAAAGAGUAUCAAUCAUUCCAUGACAGAUAACAUGAGAAUUCUAAUAUCUGAAUUAUCAGAUGUUGAAUGUAAAUACAUGCUGGCUAGUCAGCUUGGCUUUAAGGAUAUUGUGGAGGAAAUACUCAAUGAUCCUAUAGUAGGCUCUUAUUUAAAAGACACAAUUUGGAAAAAAGGAUAUACAGCUUCAUGAGAUGUAACUCGUCAUUUGAUAGGACUCGAUAUUAUCAUCUAAUAAGGAAUGCCGCAAAUUUAAAUAAUGCUACAAAUUGUUAUAAACUAUUCACUUAUUGUCAUCAUAAACAAAAAUUUAUAAUUUUGUCAACUUUUUAUUAUUUACAUCGUAAUAAGUAUCAAUAAA